UUGCCUUUUGUUUGUUGUGUAUUACAGUUACGGCCGGGUUGUCUGCUCUUACUGAUGACGAAAUACAGAACGUCACUAGUCUGCUGGGACAGGAAUCAGGUGGCAAACCAAACACAGAUGUCUUCAGACAGCUACUGAACCAGGAGACCCUGAUCAGAAUGGCGCUGGUGAAAAAUGUCCACGCACUGAUGAAGGAUAUGGUAGAAAUGAAACAAACGAUGGUUGUCAACGACGGAAGACUUCGGGAGGCUGAGAAAGAAAUCAAAGAACUCAAGCAAGAGGUGCAGACACUGAAGUCUGAAAAUCAUAAAAUAAAGCAGCAGUCUACAAAAUUCCUGCAGAGAUUCACGGAUUUAGAUAAAUUAUUUAAAGAAAUUGAUAAAAAUUUCACAAACUUCACAAAUAGCCGCGUUGAAUAUGAACGAGAAAUGGACUCAAAAAGACGGGAAUAUGAGAAAAACACUUCCGGUAUACUGGACGAUAUAAAAACAGAAGUUCGUUAUUUGUCGGUGACUUUGUUAGAUCUUAAUAAACACACUCUAGAAUUGGAUAAAUCUAUUCCAAACCUCAUCGAAAACAAAAUAACACUUUUGUCAGGAAGGCUGAAUGUUUCACUAGAAAAUUUGAGUGACGAUAUAGCAGCAUCUUUUACUUACAGUGUGCAGUUGUCAACAAACUUAUCUGCUCUGGGAAAAUAUCAGGAAAGCAUUAAGAGAAUGAUUUCAGAAAACCUUAAUAAGACAAUUCAUGGUUUGAAAGCGGACGUUCAACAAUCACAGAAUGACCAGCAAAAGUUGUCGUCUGCUGUGGCGUCCUUGGAAGUUUUCAAACUAAACAUGUCCUUAAACAGCUGUGGUAAUACGGUUCACGUAGGAUUUACUGUGGGUAUGACGAGUCGCCACUCCACCUGGGCUGGAAGUACCCUAGUGUUCCCUCAUGUUGUCUUCAAUAACGGAAAUGGGUACAACCCCAGCACUGGGAUAUUUACCUCACCCACGGCCGGCACUUACGUCUUCUUUGUAAAUAUUAACACUGAUGGUGCUAAUUAUAUUUACUUAGAUAUCGUACUUAAUGGGAGUUCAAAGGUCAGAACAAUGUCGUACAAUUCUGCAACGUAUAUGACUGGAACAAACAUGGCCGUCCUCCAGUUAUUUAAAGGCGACACAGUUUGGAUUAAACGCAAUGUUGGGAAGAGCUACUAUUCCGAAGGUGUACCAAUUACAACCUUCUCUGGUUUCCUUUUAUGACUUAAUAAAACGACAGCUUAAUACUGAAUGUUUAUACCUGUCUGUAUUCGAAUGCAGAGUUGAUAUCGCAUAUAACAAAAGGUGUGUUGUCUUAGAAAAUACUAAUAAAAGACUAAUUAUAAUGCGUUGACUAAAGAAGUAUAGUAUUAUGUACUGGAGAAGAAAUAUAAAUUCUCACUUCUUGUAAAUCAGAUUUGUUUAGUGUUGGCAUUUUUCAUU